UCGGAAUCAAUAAUGAAACAGCUGUUGAUAAUACUUCUUGCUACCGCCACCACUUCAGGUUUACCACACCAUGGGCGGAUUUUUGGUGGUACCCCUGCCGCCUCCGGCCAGUUCCCCUUCAUCGCCUCACUAAACAACCCCGACCAACUUUGCGACGCCUCCAUCAUCAACAAAAACUGGCUUCUAACCGCCGCCCACUGCAUAGACCUUGUCACCAACACCACACAAGUCCUAGUCGGUACCAAUUUCCAACACUCCGGUGGUACCAAAUACAACAUCUCCAAAGCCAUUGCCCACGAAGGCUUUAGUUACAACACCUUGAAGAACGACAUCGCUUUAAUCAAAAUCUACGGCGAGUUCCAGUUCGACAACUUGGUCCAACCCGUUGAGUUCGUGGACCCAGGAGUCAACCAAACUUGCAUUGCUGCUGGAUGGGGGGUUACCGAAAGCGUGUCAUUUCCCGAAGAACUGCAUUUCGUUGAACAAAUUGCUCUGGAUUUGGAGCUAUGUCAAGUCAUUAUUGAAGAUACGGAAUCGUUUUUGGGGUCGGAGCAAGUGUGUGGGUUUGGGGUGGAAGGUACUGGGGCUUGUUUUGGAGAUUCGGGGGGACCGUUGGUUUGUGAUGGACGAUUGGGUGGGGUUAUGUCGUUUGUUUUUGGGGGUUGUGAGCAGAAUUAUCCAGAUGUGUAUACCAGGCCGUUGGAUUUUGUUGACUGGAUUAGCGAAAAUAUGAAGUGAUGAGAGUGAUAUGAUUCAAUGUGUUUGUAUUUCGUGUGUACAAGAGUUAUUUUUACAUUACUAAUAUUUCUGUUGUAUUAAAUUAUUAAAUAU